AUGCCGGCACUCCUCGAAGGCGGCAGCACGGCGACCCUCUCCAACGCCUUCUCUUCGACCUCGUCCACGACUGCCGUUGUCGUUCCUGGAUCGCCCGCGCUCGAGAUCUCCUACCAGCAACUCGGUGCCGACGUGCUUUCCUUCCAGCAGAAGCUCGCCAAGCUUGGAAUCACCGCAGGAUCGGCCGUCUCGAUCGCCCUCCCAAACAGCUACCCCUUCAUCGUCGCCUUCCUUGCAGCGUCAUGGCAGCGAGGUCUUGCAGCACCAUUGAACCCGGCCUACACGCAGAGCGAGUUCGAGUUCUACAUCGAUGAUCUCUCGUCCGCACUGGUGUUGGCCCCACCAGGGCAAGCAGAUGGCCCGGCAGUAACAGCGGCGAAACGAUACCAUGCCGCCGUGGCAGAAUGCUACCUCGACCCGAGGACGAAUGAGGUGGUCCUUGACAUCAAAGACACGGGCAAGCUGUCUGGCCAAGGGAACAAGCCGGUGGCACGCGCACAACCAGACGAUACAGCAUUGGUUCUCCAUACAUCCGGCACGACUGGCAGGCCAAAGGCAGUGCCGCUGUCCCAUCGCAACCUCACGAGGACGAUGCUCAACAUCAGAAAUACCUACAACCUCACCUCCAAAGACCGCACAAUGCUUGUCAUGCCCCUCUUCCACGUCCACGGCCUUCUCGCAGCUUUCCUCGCACCUCUGGCAUCUGGCGGCAGCGUAAUUGUGCCAGGCGCCUUCUCAGCAUCGACAUUCUGGCCUCAAUUCGUCAAGCACAAGGCCAACUGGUACACCGCCGUCCCCACAAUCCAUCAGAUCCUCCUCAAGAACCCACAGCACUGGCCCAAGCCACUGCCUCACAUACGCUUCAUCCGUAGCUGCAGUAGUCCUCUCUCGCCGAAAGUCUUCCACGAUCUGGAAGCAGCCUUCAAAGCACCCGUCCUCGAAGCAUAUGCCAUGACCGAAGCCGCACAUCAAAUGACCUCAAACCCAUUCCCGCCAGCUAAGAGAAAGCCAGGAAGUGUAGGUCUGGGCCAAGGUGUAGAGGUCAAGAUUCUAGAUCACGAGGGCAAUGAAGUCGCGCAAGGGAAAGAGGGGGAGAUCAGUAUUCGCGGCGAGAAUGUCACGAAGGGAUACAUCAAUAACGACAAAGCCAACGCCGAAGCGUUCACAUCUGGCGGCUUCUUCAGAACCGGUGACCAAGGCAAGAAGGAUGAAGACGGAUACAUCAUAAUCACAGGUCGAAUCAAGGAGCUCAUCAACAAGGGAGGCGAGAAGAUCAGUCCCAUCGAACUCGACAACGUCCUCGCCCAGCACCCGGCAGUAGGAGAAGCAGUCUCCUUCGCCAUACCGGAUGAGAUGUUAGGGCAGGAAGUCGCUGUAGCAGUCGUGCCGAAGGAUGGACAGAAGGUCACGGAAGAGGAAUUGAAGGCGUAUAUGCGUGAGAAGGUUGCCAAGUUCAAGGUGCCGAAGAGGGUCUUCUUCACGAAGAUUAUGCCCAAGACUGCGACGGGGAAGAUUCAGAGGAGGAUGGUGGCUGAGGAGAUGUUGAAGCAGGAGGGUGCGGCGACGAAGGCGAAGUUGUAG